AUGGCUAUCUCGAAUGUCCACUACUUUAUGAUCCUAGCCAUUCUCGCAGUGAUCGGAAUUCUGAUUCCGAGCAACAAUGUAGCCCUUGGCCAAGAAUGCCAUGGUGACUUCCAAGGUUUAAUUACACAAUGUUCCAAGUAUGUUCAGAUACAAGGGCCACAAACAGACCCAUCUCCCGACUGUUGCAAUACAAUCAAGACUCUCGAUGUCCCUUGUGUGUGUAAGCAAGUCACUAACGACAUUGAAGCUGUCAUUGAUAUGGCAAAAGUGGCCCAUGUUGCUCAAUAUUGUGGCAUACCACUCGCACAUGGCACCAAAUGUGGAAGCUUCACCAUUCCAUGA